ACCAAGACAAAAAGUUACUUAAUAAAUUUAAAAUUGUACCAGGCAUGGUGAUAUGUACUUGUAAGGCAGCACUCGAGAGAGUCAAAGGCAAGAAAAUUCCUGCUAGUUUGAAACUGUCCUAGGUUACAGAACAAGACACUAUCUCACACACCCCACUCCAAGUACAGGACAGAUCUUGAAAGAAAAAACUGGAAGAAUGUAAUGGUGGGAACAGGCAAAAAGCACCUUGUCAUAAGUACUGUCAUUUUGACUUUAGACUCCAUUUUACCUGUUGGGUGAAACAAAGUUCAGGUUCCCAGGCCCUAGGGGAGCUGGAAACAUUCUACAGCUGACCCACCUCCUAAAACCGUACAAAUAGUCAUUAUGUAUCUUUAGUUCUCUAGAAGCAUUAUAGCUGGUCCUAACAACAGAAGGAACAAAUGGAUCUGACUGGUUGGACUGAAAAGCUUGUGUUGUAUAUGAGUUGAUAAUGAUGAAAUCUUCAAGGAAGCCCCUAAUCUCUAAAUCCUGAUUGGUGAAAAUUGUAACUGUAACUUGACAGCAAAUGUUUGUAAUUUUUGUGAUUAAAUACUUGCUUCAACUGACAUGGGGGGGGGGUUUCACAAUUCAGCUCCUGAAUCUGUUCUGCAGCCCUGGUCAAUCAGCCCCCUCCCCUUCUUUUGUCCUGCCUUGCAUUAAAUCUUGCCUUGCAAUAACCUCUUGGGUCUGCUUGGAUGGAUUCAGAGCCUGGGACCACAACAGUAAGAGCUGGGAGAUGGGGGAGGACCGCUGAGAAACACUGUCUUCUGGAUGUGACAUGCCAUUGUACCAAUGAACUCACAACAGCUACUGUUACUUACGCAGGCCUGGACAAUAGUGGGUCCGUCAGCCUUCUACCAAGGAUAAAAGGAGCUCAUGAGACUCCACCACUGAGGAGCUAUUAGUAGGUAAUGGACGAGGGGUGUAAUUUUCUCAGGCUUCAAUAAAUGACCCCAGCCCCACAGACUUAGGGCUGCUAUUGCUGUGAUCAAACACUAUGACCAAAACAGCUUGGGGAGGAAAGGGUUUAUUUGACCUAUACUUCCAUGUCAUUGUUCAUCAUUGAUGGAAGUCGGGGCAGGAACCCAGAGUCAGGAGAUGAUGUGGAGGCCAUGAAGGAGUUACUGGCUUGCACAAGACUUGCUCAGCCUGCUUUCUUACAGAACCCAGGAGCACCAGCCCAGGGAUGGCCCCACCUGCAAUGGGCUGGGUCCUCUCCCAUCAAUCACCAAUGAAGAAAAUGCCUUACAAGUCAGAUCUUAUGGAUAUAUUUAAUUGAGCUUUCCCUUUCAGAUAAUGUUAAUAUAAAAAAUAGCCAGUACACUGAGGAAACUCAGUGGGUUACAGAAACAACAAAAGGCAUGAACAUAGGAGUGGGGGGGCUUUGGAGGAUGAAAUGGUUCUGCAGGAGUAGGAAGGGAUAAGAAAAGGGCAAUGAAUAUAAUCAAAACACAUUAUAUGCCUUAUGAUAUUGUCAUGGAAUAAAUGAAAAUGCUCAAGAGCAACGAAAACCUGCAAAGGUUGCUUGUGCAUGUUUCUCCAUUCUUCUGAGGGCUUCCCCAGCAUUGAAUUUUGUUUCACUGUACAAAUGCCUGUCUUUCUAAACUGUAAACUCAGUAAGUGUAGGAAUGGUAUUCACUUUUUGGUAUGUUAAGUAGAAACAUAAUAUUUAAUGUAAAAAUUGCCUAAAUGGGGAACGAUGGGGCACUUCCGGAAGUGCAGAGCGUUGUUUCCGAGGGGACGAUCUUCUGAAACGGACAGCAGACUGAAGUGUCCUCCUUGUCUAUGAAAUGCAGUUAUCACAGCAGUUGGACCUGUUUCCUGAAUGCAGAGUGACCCUUCUGUUAUUUAAAGAUGUAAAAAAUGCAGGAGACUUGAAAAAAAAAGCCAUGGAAGGAUCUAUCAAUGGCUCAUUGAUAAACCCUAAUGUGAUCGUCGAUCCAUUUCAGAUACUUGUGGCAGCAAACAAAGCUGUUCAUCUCCACAAACUGGGAAAAAUGAAGACAAGGACUCUGUCUACUGAAAUCAUCUUCAACCUCUCCCCAAAUAAUAUUUCAGAGGCUUUGAAGAAAUUUGGUAUCUCAGAAAGUAACACUUCAGUUCUCAUUGUUUACAUUGAAGAAGGAGAAAAACCAAUACACCAAGAGCACCUAAUAUCUCAAGUGGAAGGCCAGCAGGUACCUUGGGAAUGUCUUCCAGAAAUAACAAAGCUCUCAGAAGUCAAAAAGAUAUAUAAACUGUCAUCACAAGAAGAGAGUAUUGGGACAUUAUUGGACGGUAUCAUUUGUAGGAUGUCAACAAAGGAUGUUUUAUAAGAUGCCCAAACAUCAACAGAAAAAUCUCAGAGUUAAUCACCUGAUGGUUUUUUCCUGGUUAUAAAAAUUAACAUAUCACUGAAAAGGGGAAAAGUAAACCUCUGCUAGCCCUACUUUUUUUUUCACUUCCUAAAGAUAGCCCCUGUCACUGUUUUUGCCAUU